GAGGGCGCACUACUUGAUGUUUACUUAUUCCGAUCGCGAUAUCGGUGAUCGUUGCCAGGCACAGCUUUUCAGGAUCUCUAGUGACCUACAUUUAGGUCAGCAUCGGCAGGAUCAUGGGUUGCGGAGCCUCGCGAAGCUUGGAUUACUCCUCAGAAAUCAGCCAGCAAUGGGACAGCGUGAACAAGACCAUCGAGGUCAAACAACAGAGUAAGAAACUAGUUAUCAAGCGUGUCGGCUGGAAGACAGUCAGGAUCUUCGUAUCGUCCACGUUCCGUGACUUCCAUGCAGAACGGGAGGUGUUGAUUAAAGAGGUAUUCCCUGAUCUGAGAGCAUGGUGUGAGAAGAGGCGACUGUACCUAGUGGAUGUAGACUUGAGAUGGGGUGUACCAAAGGAUACAACAUCAGAGGACACACUACGGAUGUGUCUAGGCGAGAUUGACAGAUGCUACGCUGACAAUAUCAUGCCGUUCUUUCUCAAUAUGACGAGUGAGCGGUGCGGCUGGAUUCCAGGCUUGGGUGAAGUCCCAGAGAAUCUUCAACAGGAGUAUCGAUGGAUUAGCGGUCUGUCAGUCACCGAGAUGGAGAUCAUGCAUGGCGCCUACCGGAAAGACAAUUACAAUUCAAUAUUUGCAAUGCGAGAUGCAACUUUUCUGGGAACUUUGCCGGAGAAAUACCACAAUGACUUUGUAGACUCCAAUCCAGUCGCUUCCCAGAAACUCAAAAUGCUGAAAGACAUGCUGACAGACAGGUUCCCUAUGAACGGUUGUUCUUCAUCACCACACCCCUCCUCCCUCUUCUCUUCAGAUUCCUCCUCUUUGACUUCAAUGGAUAAUCGCGUAUUUAAGUACCAUUGCAAGUUUGGCGGAAUCGACGUCGACACGGGCAAAGUGCAAAUGGAAGGCCUGGAUGACUUCAAGAAAAAGAUCUUCGAGUUCUUCAAGAUGAGGGUAGAGGAGCAGUACCCGUUGGAUGAGAACGCCAAGUUAGAUCCUUAUGAGCAGCAGCGUGAGGCACAUGAUGCUUUCAUGAAGAGUCGUAGUGCUAUCGUCAUCGGCAGAAAUGAUAUCUUACAGAAGAUGGAGGAUUUUGUGACAGAUAUCAGCACAGGUGUACCACUCCUCCUCCUAGGAGGCCCGGGCUCAGGGAAGUCCUCCAUCAUGGCCAGAGUGGCUGAUGUAGCAGUCAACAAGGCAGGCAGUGGAGAGAUACCAGGUGGUGGUGACAAGGGCUGGCACAUCUUCUAUCAUUUUGUCGGGGCUAUUCCGGGCUCCACAGAUAUCGAGAAAAUGCUGAAGCGACUACUCAGGGAAUUGAAAAUGUGCAAUGAUUCCAACAUGCCCAAAGAUUAUGAGACAGCAGCCCAGCUGGUUGGUAGCGUCCUAUCCAACCCGAACUCCAAACCGGUCAUUAUUAUUAUAGAUGCAUUGAACCAGCUGAAUGAAGACAAAACAGCCUCCAUCUUGAGCUGGUUGCCACGGAAACUGGCCCCCCAGGUGCGCUGCAUCUUCUCCAUGAUUGACGACACGCCGCCCCAUCGUCUGCUCAAGGAUCGCAACGUGAAGCCUGACGAGGUGGCCGUCACUCCACUGGACAUAGACUCUAGAAAGGAGAUAGUACGAGAGAUUCUCGGCCGUUACAACAAGCGUCUGGACGCCGAGCAGAUGGCGAGUCUUCUGGGUAAGGACUCCUCCCAGAAUCCCUUGUGGUUGGCCAUCGCCUGCGAGGAGCUGCGUGUCUACGGAGACUUCAGGACCAUCACGAAGAAGAUCAACUCCCUGUCGGAUGGCUUGCUGAAUUUGCUGGGCCAAGUCCUGACACGCUUUGAGCAAGAGAACGGCGGCCAUCUUGUCGUGGCCACCCUGUCCCUCCUCGAAUGCUCUUCCAACGGUCUCCUGGAGACAGAGCUGCUCUCCAUCCUGGGUGACGAAGAGAACAUGUCCAUCCUCACCAAGAAGUUCUUCAAAACAAAGGACCGUGGGAAGGAGAAGACCAGAGGCGAGCCCUUACCGGCCGUCAAGUGGUCAGCGGUCUACCGGGCUCUCAGGCCGUUCCUCCGGCCGUUUGGCGACAGCGGGGAAGGACGGUUGGACUUCUAUCAUCGGUCACUCAGCAAAGCUGUCAGGCAAAAAUAUUUUGGGCUGAAACCGGGAGAGGAAGCAGGUUCGGAUAAGCUCAGCAAGUGGUGGCACCAAAAGCUGGCCGAAUUCUUCGAGCACGAACAGAACAUGGACCGGAAAGUGGAGGAAUACCCAUAUCAACUGGUGAAGACGCAUGACCAAGAGAGACUAGCUCGAUGCUUGACAGAAUGGCCAAUGUUGGAUAGACUCUUUGAUGAGGAGUACAGCUCACAGCUGCUGGCCUACUGGAGAGAGAUUGACAAGGACGGGAAAUAUACCAAGAUGGAGGAGAGCUACAGAGCCAGUCUGAAGGAGCUGGAGGCACGGGAAGGCAUCUCACAAGAAGAGAUCUCCCUGAGGAACGAGACAAUUGCAAAAGUUUUCAUCCAGGCAGGAUUGUACAAUCAUGCCAAGGAUUUGAUAGACAAGGCAGUUUCUCUGGAGCAAGAACAUCUAGGCUCCAGACCGGAGAGGAUGGUAGAGCUCUAUGCAAUCAUGGCUCUGCUGUAUGACGAGCUGUGUAAGCUCCACGAUUUCAUCACAAGGGAGCAGUUAAAGGAGCUGAGACCGGCCAUUGACUUUGGCAGGAGAUCCAUCAAGAUCAGAGAAACAUUGGAAGGAGAGAGACAUAAGUACAAGAUGGCUGACUCGGUGAUGCGUCUUUCGUUCAAUCUCAACAACUGGAGUGAAUGCAAUGGAGACUCUACGCUGUCUGCUGAAGAAGCCCAGGACGAAUCGGUCGUCCAAGCGGACGAGGCCAUUCGACUCUUCAAGGAGAUCGGAGAUCUUGGUAAAGAGGCUGAAGCUAGCAUGACAAAAGCUAUCGUGUUCCCUCGCGGUGAACCAGAGCAAAUAGAGUGGUACGAGUUAUCCAGGGAGCAGUGCCAGCAAGCCUAUGGAGAGAACUGCAAGCUCAUGACACGCAUCAUGAGCAACAUAGGCAUCUACUACGAGGACAGGCGGGAAUUUGACACGGCUUAUGAUUACUUUGCGCAGUGGUACGAGAUAUCUAGAGAGGUUUUCGGCGAGCAGCACCCGAAGACGAUAUCGGCGAACAGCUGCAUCAACGAACCUCGCUAUCGACAAAUCAGGGCACGGAAAGAGGCAGCAGCUCAAGGGAACCACUAGAACGCAGCUCGACAAAAAAAAAACACCGCUGAACAGAGACGUCGACAAUUCGGAAGACUGGCAAUAUGGGUAUCCAAGUCCACUUUUGUCCAACCUUGUAUUAAUUACAAACAUCCUAAUAGCUCAUUUUUUUAUGAAAUGGAAUUUAUGUCAGGGAGUUGUAAAUUUUUAUAUUGUUUUUGUUUGGCCAAAUUGUUUUAAUAAGAAUUGGUACUGAUACUUUUAGUAUCAGAUCCGGCUUUGUCUGUUCACUUUACUCGAUCGUAAAUACAAAGAAACGCAGUUUUUAAUACCGCUGUGCCUUCAUUAUUUUGCGAAUGUUUUGCUUUUUUUUUUUUUUUACAAAUCAAGGCACGAAUUCCAACCUAUGUGUUCUGAAUUAAAAAUUCAUGUUAUAUUAAUUAACAUAAUGUGUCAUCCAGACAUGAUGUUUUCUCGAUUGUUAAUACUCUUUUUUAAUGUAAAGAUUUGAGAAUUGUAAUGUAUAGUAAUUGUGUAUGCGUGUAAUCUUUUGUGUGCUGAGAUAUUUCUAAAACUGCACUGCACAUGUGAUAAAAUGGGAAAUAUUGUAUUUUGUGGACGGGCUUUAUCGCAGAAAAGAGUGAACUGAUCCGAGUAUUUUUACUCAACUGUGACAAACGCCUGGACAAACCACAGAUUUUUUUUAGAGAAAUACAACAGACCCAGGUAAUGACAUUUAAAAAUCAACUUUAUUUUUAUAUACAGUGUACAUAGACAAUUACUGCUGAAUACUACACUUUCUGUAAAAGGCAAUGGAAAUAUUGCAUGACGAAAGCAGUCCUAUGUUACUGUCCAUUACCUGUAACUUGCGACUGGACUUGUGAUGCAAUCAAUUACUACGCUGCGUAAUGUUGGAAAAACCCGAUCUAGGGUUCUACAGAAAUGCUACAUUGACUGUGACCUUACUGGUACAAAUAGGCACGUUCAUAUUAAUUAGGAUAUAUAUAGCAUGCCACUGUGAUUUUACUAGUCUUUAGUCAAGGCCCACGCAUCGUGAUCCGGACACGUGAGGGACCCAGGAUGCUGGCACGUAAACUAUGCCGCUCGCUGGAUAGUCUUUUUACGUGCCAGCAUCCGGGGCGCGUCACGUGUCCAGAUCAAGACGCGUGGGCCUUGACUAUAAAGGCUAUGAUUUUACAUGCAUGAGUAUACACAUUUAACAAUUUGUUGACUGCUGUCACAUGGGAUAUGCUGUUUUUAACACCUGAGGAAUAUCAUGUACAUGUAUCGCAUAUUUCACCUCUGGUGCUAUGCGCCCCAAGGGGGUCAAAAACGACAUAUCCCACAUCACAGCAGUCAACAAUUGUUUUGUUAUAUCGUGCCAAUGUAAUUCAAAAAGAUAAAUAGUUGUAGCUUACUACGCAUUUAAUAAAGUAAUCACUGCUAUGUAUUACCUUUCGUAACUGCAGGCUUCCCUGCCGGACACGAGACUGAGCAGUUGCACUUCUCAGUCUCGAGCGUGCGGGCGGGUUCUGCACAUGCGCGCUACGCAGUAUUUAUACGCAGUGUCUAUACACAGUAUCUAUGCAUUUUUACAGACUGGACGCGCAUGAAAUACCGUACAGUAUCCAAGCACAUGAUGAUAAUGACUGGCCUUUAUUUACAAAAUGUACUCGAAAUCAUCCCAUGUGCAGGAAACCCAGUAUUUAAUCGCUGGGCUCAAUUCUGCAAAAUCAUUCAAGCCUUAAUUUUUGAAGGGUUUUGUAGGAUCUGGGAAGAAUUGGGUUUAAAGGAAAAGAGUUUAAUAUAUGCAUCGCAGUAUUUACUUUUGCAUGUACUGUAGCAAUCAAUCAGUAUUAAUACAAUUGGCAAGUUCUGCAACUUUACAUUCACAACCAAAGUUUGGGAUAAAACCGUUUUAAUGGUUGUCUUAUCCUUUUGUUUGUGAGUCAACUUUUUUGGGGUCACCCUCAGGAGAAAGUGGGAUUCUAUGAGGUACAAACACAAUGGUGUUUAUCGCAUUUUCGAAAUGAACUCUUCAUUGUUCAGGAGAAUCAGAAAAUAUAAAAUGGUGAAUACAUCUUUGGCUGGGGAACUAAAUGUGUCAUUUGAUUUGGGUAGGCUAAAACUCAGGAAAAAAAUAAAAUUUGGGAUUGUUUCUUGCAAACACAAUAUGUACAAGGCAAAUCUUGAGGCUUUUGUUGGCUGAAAUACUGUGUAAAAAGGUCCAUUUGCUAACCAUUAUGAACUGAGUGACAUCACAUAAUUCCAUAUUUUUGUGAUACCGAAAUUACCGCAAGGAGUAACAAGUGGCAUAUAUAAAUGCAGUCAAUCUUUUUCAUAUUUUGUUGGGUCAAAUUCAAUAACAGGAAAAUGCUUUAAAAAAAAACAUCUGCAGAUAUAAGAUGCAAAAUCGAAGAGGUUUACAUCUACACAUGAAAAAGUCUAAGAGUUUGUUGGAAAUUUUUUUCUAGAAUUUAAGAAAGCCAGUGAAAUUCAAACUUGCUUUGAGUUUUUUUGCGAAAAUUUCUGUGUAUCGGGAUGUGUACUGUAAUUUGGGUGAGGACAUACUUUCACAAAAGCAAAGCAAAUUUCAAAAAUCAGUUUUAUUAUCGUUUCAAGGACAUGUAUAUUUGAAAAAACGAAGUGCAGUAAAUGUAUGGCCACUGUAUGUGCUUGCAAAAUGUUCAUACAAUGUACCAUAUUCAUUUUAUUCUGAUGACAUGCGUGUUUUCAUGAAGAAAGCAAGCAUGCUCUCAUAUUAAGACUAAUAAAUAUUGAUGUAUAUUUUGAUAUGGCCUUAAUCUAAUAAUUAUAUGUACAGAUAAUAAAAUGUGCAGUAUAAAACCUCA